CACAGUUAUGAGAUUACAGCCAUGAGCCACCAUGCCCGCCCUGUACUGCCAGGUAGUGCUGAGUCCCUGUCCUCAGAAGCCUGGAAUAUUUAUCAAACAAAAACUUUUUUCUCUUUCCUCCUGCCACCCAAGAUGCUAGAAGGGAAGAAGGACAAGGGGAAGAAGGUGGCUCCAGCCACUGCUGUCGCAAAGAAGCAGGAGGCCAGGAAAGUGGUGAAACCCGUGUUGGAGAAAAGGGCUAAGAAUCUUGGUAUUGGACAGCACACCCAACCCAAAAAGGACCUCACUUGCUUUGUCAAAUGGCCCUGCUUUAUCAGGGUGCAGUGGCAAAGAGCCGUCCUCUACACGUGGCUGAAGGUGCUUACUGUGAUGAACCAGUUCACCCAGGCCUUGGACCCCCAAAGAGCUACUCAAUUAUAAAACAUAAGCUGGCACACUAGUACAGACCAGAGACAAAGCAAGAGAAGAAGCAGAGGCUAUUGGCCUGGGCUGAGAAGAAAGCUGCCAGCAAAGGGGACGUCCCCACUAAAAGACCACCUGUCCUUCAAGCAGGAGUUAUCACUGUAGCCACCUUAGUGGAGAACAAGAAGUCUCAGCUGGUGGUGACUGGAUGUGAUGUGGAUCCCAUUGAGCUAGUUGUCUUCUGUCUGCUCCCAGCCUCAGCCUCCUCAUCUGGAAAGUGGAUGAUAGGCCAGGCGUGGUGACUCACGCCUGUAAUCCCAGUACUUUGGGAGGCUGAGGCGGG